UUUAAACACUGGCGCAUGUGUAGAAGCACAAGUACGAAAACUCACUGCAGGUGAUUUUUCACUACGUGGCACUGUGGGAAGGGAACUGGGCUGCACACUCACCCCACAAAGCACUAUUAUGGCUCGUAAGCGUGAGGAAAGGGCCUUAAGAAAUGCUCAGCGUGCUGCAAGAAAAGCUCGUGCCACCCAGGGUGGACAAGAUCCAAGUUUUGUUUCGUUAAAGCAGCAGUUAGAGGCUAUGGGGCUCAAACUCAAAGAAAUCGCUGGUGAUGGAAAUUGCUUAUUUGGAGCUCUUGGAGACCAGCUGGAUGGUGUUCCAACAUUUCACCAGAAACAUAGACAAGAUGUAGUGGCUUAUAUGAGACAACAUAGAAAUGAUUUUGAACCUUUUGUUGAAGAUGAUGUUCCCUUUGAUAGACAUUUGAGCAACCUAGCAGAGCUUGGCACCUAUGCCGGCAAUGACUGCAUUGUUGCCUUCGCUCGUCUUCAUGAAGUCGUGGUUGUGAUUCACCAACUGAAUGCACCAUUGUGGCAGAUCUGUGGCAGAGAGGGCAAAAAAAAUAUGCCAGAGCUUCACAUAUCCUAUCAUAACGGAGACCAUUACAACAGUGUGCGUAAAAUUAACGAUCAUAAUUCCUCCAGUCCUGCUUGCAUCAAGUUAUCUGUUCAGGACUCAGAAGAUGGUAAAGAUAAAAAGAAGAAUGGAAGCAAGAGUUCUGACAAAGAGUAUACUAGUGAUUAUCCUGAAGACUACUCUCAAGACUAUGCAAGUGAAGAAUAUACCUGGUCAGGGGAAGGUUAUGAUUACUCAGAACCAGUGUAUGAAGGUCUCUCUAAAGCUGAACACAUGGUCAUGGAUCAAACUGGGUGUGAGGAUUUGCAUCUCAUUCGCAAACAACUUGAGGCUCACGACUUUGAUGUUCAUGAAGCUAUCAAUUCCAUACUCACUUUUUUUGUUCUUCAGUAUAAGGGAGAAUAUCCACAAACUACCUCAAACAGCAGCAAUAGUCUUUGGAGCCCAAAUGGUACAGGGACACGCUUGUUUGGGGAGACUGCUGCAGCCCCUCUAGUACCUGCCAUUCACCCAAGCUAUCAGAAAAAGACUCCACAAGAGAAGAUUCAACAACGCUUACGUACACAGCAGCAUAUCUCCAAUUCUAAGCGCAAAGAAUUAAAGAAGCAGUUAAGGAAACAGCAAGCACAUGAGCGUAAACGACACCAAGCAGCUCAUGACACUGAUGAUGUGACCUCUAACUCCAAUGAUGAGUCGGAAGUAAUCAUUGUUAAAGAUAUUGGUUGUCUGAGUAUCUAGUUAUUAGCAGAUAAAUUCUUACCAAAGGAAUAGCUAGCAGGUGUUCCUCUGCCUGGAGACAAGCAAAGAAAUGCUGACUUGAUGGCUACCAGAAUGUUAAAUUUGUUAUGUCAGCUUUUUUUGAAAGAUGCAACAUACAAUAUUGUUCAGACAUUGCAGAAUAUAAAACAGAAAUAUUCAACAUAAAUGGCUUGCCAAAAGUAAAGAGUGAUUUUAAAAUAAAUGUUAAUUUAUCUUUGUAAUCUAGGUAUAUUUUGAUGUUCAUAAAUUUCUAUAUAUUUUGAAAGUUACAAACUGUUGUAUGUUCAACAUUAAAUAUUUGUCCUGGAAAUAAUGUAUUCCGAUCUGUUUUACUGGUAUGCUGUAUGAUUAAUUAUAAAUAAACAAGUUGUAAAACUAGUCCUACAUUAAGUUAGGUAUUAUCACAAUUUUGAUGAGACUAUGUAAUAAUAUAUGUUGUGGCUUUGUACAUGACUCAUUGAACCUUUUAUAACAAAACUCAAGGAGAAUAUGGUAGGAUAGGAGUUAUUAUCAUUUUGUUUUGUAAGUCGACUUACCAUAUAUUACUGGUCAUAAGUCGCACUCAGGAAUGGACGCGGGGUUAUACUUCAUCUUCACUAAUCACAUUUUUGCUUAUCCCCGGCUUGAGAACACGGGGAUUGCAUUUUCAGGUCUCACAGAUGGGAGUAAAUUGCAUUAGUAGUCAAGA